CAAAAUCAUCAAACCACAUCCCAGCUGAUUUCCGACCUGACAGCUCCGGAUGUACAGCGACCUUUUAGUAUGUUUGUUCCUCCAUUUCAACAGAAAUAAUCAGACACGAUGGACACUUCUUACAAGUUUCCCGUUUUCUUCGACUGCGCCCCUUUAAACGAGGAUCAGAGGAAGAGAGUAGAAACUUAUUUCCAAAUUCGGCGCAAAUCGGGCGGAGGAGACUGCGGCGCGUUGACUGCGGUUGGAGAAAGAGUUUACAGCAUCGCUUUUAAACAGCAAGAAGCUCAACAAAGAGUUCUGCAGAAAUCUGAGCAUGUUGUGGAGUUUGCUGCUGCUACAAUAGUGCUGACAGUGAGAGACAAUCCUGGACCUACCGCCUCCUCUGGCAGCAGUGCUCAGCCUCCCGGCCAGUCAGCCAAACCAGACCAUGAUCCAUCAACAGCAUCUGAGGAGCAGUCCAGGUUUCCUUCAAACCUGCCACCAAGUAGUAAAGAAUAUGAGCCACAGCUUGACAGUUAUAUCCUUCGUUGGCUCAAAGAAUCUCCAAAAGUCAUGGAAGAACUGGAGAAUCAGCUCGCUCUGCUUUCCUGCACUGCAGAGCUUCAAGGGGACAGAAUUCUAGUCAAGCAUGUAGCUCAGUCAGAGGUUGCAGAUACACUUGGUAAAUGGAGGUCUAAAGUAAAGAAUCUGUUUGAUGAGUACACCUGCCACUAUGAGUUGGAUUCUCACAAAGUCAAAGCUUUGCUGCAGCCCGGUAGUUCUCAGGCGACCAAUGAUGGGGUAAAGGUGUAUAGUGACAUCGGGAUGGCUGUUGUAGUAGGGAAAGGUAACCUGGUGCAAGCUAGAUUAACAGAUAUAGAAUGUCUGUAUGUGAAACCUCGGGGCUCUAGUUUUAGUGACCCACAAACCACUGUCCGUCGAAUCGGUGAGGCAAAGCUACAUCUUCUUUGGAAAGACAUUGAAUCUAGUUUAGGACAAAACUUUCCAGCACUGAAAGUCACAAAGGCUGACGAAGGUAAGAUAGUAUUGGUGGGAUCCGUGGAGGAAAUGCUCAAGGCUAGUGAGGAAAUUGCUGCCAAGGAGAAACUGGUGAUAGAAAGGACACUUGCAGACAAAAGCCCACACUUUCUGGCCUUCUUAAAAAAGACUUAUGGUGGUCCAGGAAUGCUUUGCGAGUUUUUGGGAGUUGCUAAAAUGGUUGAAACAGAGAUGCGUGACACAACUCUGCACUUUUUCUCUCUCAGUGCCAAUCAUUUAGAUGAUGCUAUAAGACAGAUGCAAGAAAACUUUAAAGAAGUUAAAUAUGAAAUUCCUAACUGCCCUGUUGUGCCACCAGAGCUUUGUGAAAAGCUGAAAUCCUCAUCAAAUGAGAUUAAUAAAAAACAGUGCAGAGCUAAUGUUGUGUUUGGUGCAGAAGGCACUGUGUGUUUGAUCGGACACUCUCAAGAGGUUGAAGAGCUGAGUGAAAUUGUGUCUCAGUUUAUUUUGGACCAGGCAAGGAUAGAGGGAAACAUCAUUCUCCCCUUUUCUGAGCUCGUUCCUCUUUUGCCAGAGUUUCUGCAGAUGCAGGGGUUUGACUUUUCAGGGGUAAAAUUCAGCACUGUAGAAUCAUCCUCUGGGCCCAUGGUGUUGCUUGAAGGAAUACAAAACAAAGUGACUGAGGUCAAGAAUAGGCUUAGUCGACUUCUUGAUUCUAUUGAGAAGAAGGAAGUGAUCAUUGACCUGCCAGGGGCAGCAAGGUAUUUUAAUGGUCACUCUGGAAGAGAAAUGCUCUUAAAGGUUGCACAUUCUAAAAAGUGCCUCAUACAGCUUGAGGAACAGCCUCAUUUAAGCAAACAGAAUACUGCUCUUGCUAAAUACAGUCUCCAGCAUGGCCUUCAAGUGAUAGUUUAUCAGGGUGACAUAACAAAGCAGUAUGCAGAUGGCAUAGUUAAUGCUGCGAAUGGAGAUUUAGACCAUGUUGGUGGUGUUGCUGCUGCACUGAGUAAAGCAGGUGGACCUCAAGUGCAAAAGGAAAGUAAAGAUCUUGUGAAACACACCGGAAAAAUAGCUGUUGGUGAUGUAGUAGUAACCACAGGGGGCAACCUGAAGUGCCAGAAGCUGCUGCAUGCUGUUGGACCUGAGUGUGGAAAAGCUAGUGGUAGGGAGAGAAGCUUGCUGGAGAAAACUGUCCACAAAGCUCUCAAUUUAGCUGAACUGAUGGAGUUUAAAUCUAUUGCCCUGCCUUGUAUCAGUUCUGGCAUAUUUAGUGUUCCUGUCAAAGUUUGCUCUGAGGCCAUUGUAACUGCCAUUAAGGAGUUUGGCAGUAAGGAUGGACGUAGUCUGAACAAAAUUAUACUGGUAGACCAGAGGGGAGAGGUGGUGAGGGCCAUACAGGAUGCGUGUGACCGCCAUCUGCCAAAUAAGGACUUGAGACCUACAGUGGAUGAUGCUGGCCAUGAAGCAGCAGGUGGAGCUGCUGCUGAAACUCCUGUACAAGUUGAGAUUGUUCAAGGAACCAUUGAGAACCAACAGGAGGAUGCCAUUGUAUGUCCCAUGCUCGGUCAUGAUCCAGUCUCUACACGCAUUGGAAGUAUUUUAACUAGAAUGGUUGGAUCUCAGCUGUUAGCGCUGUUUCAUAAGGAAGCAGGAGGAUUUACACAACCAAGUGAAUCAGUUCUAGUUGAAGGUUUAUCUGGUCUUAAAUGUAAAGCAGUCUUCUUUCUUAACCUACUGCCCUGGAAUAACAACCAACAUGGACCUGCAGCCCAGGCACUCAGACAGGGAAUCAAAAAAAUAUUGGCUACCUGUAAUAUCAGGGGCUACAAUUCAGUGGCUCUUCCAGUGCUUGGGACUGGAGGUCUCCUGCAUUUUCCACACAACACAGCUUCUAAGAUUCUUCUGGAGGAAGUUGGUGUGUUUGAACAAACCCAGAUCAGCAAGUCACCUUUCCUCCUUCGAAUUGUUGUUCACCCAAUGGACAAAGAAUCAAGCAAGGCCCUUCAGUCUGCCCAGGGGAAAUUUCAUCUUAGAGGAUUUACAAAUGAUGUUGACCCAGCUCAUGCUUCUUUUUACAGACAUGUUUCCAUAACUAAUACUGAGGUCACAGCCAUGAUGGGUGGAGUCAAGCUACAGAUCAUCCAUGGUAACAUUCUAACAGCAGGAACUGACGUUAUCGUCAAUACAACCGACUUCACCAACCAUCAGUCUGGUGUCUCCAAGGCCAUUAUGACAGCAGCUGGCCCAGCAGUCCUAACAGAGUUAAAUAGAGUGGGCAUUCCUUCAGACCUCAUCUACUCAACACAACCUGGAAUGCUUGGGUGUAAGGAAAUCAUCCAUGCUAGCUUUAAAUCUGACCCUGAUGUGAUUCGCAAGAACUGCAAAAAGAUACUGAAACUCUGUGAGAGCAAAGGAUUUGGCUCAGUGGCAUUUCCAGCUGUUAAUACAGGACAGGGUGGUAUGAGCCCUGGUGAUGCUUCUGAAGCAAUGCUGGAUGGCCUGGCCUCAACAGUUAGGGACAUGAAUCCUUCUUCUCUCUCUCUUGUCCGCAUUGUUAUCCUUCAACAAGAUGUUUUUCAGGCUUUCAGAUCAGAGCUGGAGAAACGCUUUGGACAGAUUGUUCAGAGCCAACUUGGCCUUAAAGAUAAAGCUAGACAAAAGCUAAAGAAGAUACAGCAGAAGUGUUCUAGACUCUCAAUGACCUUGUCCAAAAAAGACCAAACUUUAAUUUCUUCAAAGCCUGAGCAAACAGUUUUGCAGGUAAUCAGUUGUGGUCCAGAUGUUACCCAGGCCGUCAAAGAAGAACUAGAGAGGAAUCUGCAGAAAGAGCUUACAGAAAGAACAGUGGAUGUGCAAAAUUUACUCAAGCUGGAUGCUAUGGAAUUGGAUGCAGUAAAGGCAAAAAUCAAAGUUACCGGAAUAAGUCUAGAGCACAGAAAAAACAGUGCUGGCUUAUUAAGGGGAAGAGAUCAGGCAGGUUCAGGAAAAGAGGUAUACGUGCUGAAAGGAUUAAACGAAGAUGUCUUGAGUGUCACUGAGUUAAUUAACAAAGCAGUCCAGAAAGCUCUUGAAGAAGACCUCAUAGAUAAGGAAGAGGCGAUGUUGGCUCUUACUAUCCAGUGGGCAAUCAAAGAUGACAAUGGUGAGUGGCAGGAGCUGGGCCUUCGUGAAAACUACAUGCUGGAGGGGGCUCACUCAGUAAAAAGGGUAUCUGUGGAGAUGGAGACACCUGAUGGCAGGACUCUGACAGUUAACCUUAAGUCUCUGGAAGCCACUGACUGGACAACAGGGAAAACAUACAAACUUAAAAGGACAGAGUCUGAAGUGUUGGACUUACCACCUCAUUGGGAACCAAUGAAUGAGGAGAUCUUUAAAAAGAUACAGUUGCAGCCUAACUCCAAGGAAUACCAAGACGUAGCUAGGGGCUUCCACAACACUACCCAAUACAAAAUUCAUUCGAUUGAACGAGUGCAGAAUGUUUACCUGUGGAAUGCCUAUAGUUUGUGUCGGCAACGCCUUCUUACCAAGAAUGGCCCAAAGGAACUUGGGGAAAAGUUCCUCUACCAUGGCACAUCUGUAGAGUCAUGCAAUUGUAUUGAAAGAGAUAGGUUUGACAGGAGUUACACAGGACUGCAUGGUGCUCGCUACGGAAGGGGAGUUUACUUUGCAGUCAAUGCAAAUUACUCAGCUAAAAAUUAUUCUCCAGUAGACCAGUCAGGAAUGAAGCGGCUAUAUGUUGCUCGUGUUCUCACUGGCCGUUACACAGUUGGUAAAUCCGCCAUGAAAGCUCCCCCCCCUCGGGGUACAGACCGCACUGACUGCUACGACAGUUUGGUGGACAACCAACAAAUUCCCACGAUGUUUGUUAUUUUCCACGAUGACCAGGCCUACCCAGAAUACCUCAUCACCUUUAACUGAUUGCAGAGAUUUGGAAUUCCUUCGUUAGAGUGCAGAUACAAAACCCAUGACCUCUAAAGUACCUUUUUUAAUAAUGAAAUUUUUUUUUUUUUUUUUUUGUUACUCUUAUCUUGUUGUAAAAAAUGUUGAUGUAUCAGCUACAUUGGGGAGAAAAGUGCUCUAAAAAGUAGUCCUUGGUCUUCUAACAAAGUGACAACACGUAAAUUGUUGUAAUUUAGUUGAAAUUUUAACUUAUUUAGACUGAAACAACCCAAAAGAAAAUUUAUGUGGAGGAUAAUGGAGGAUAUUUUAAAUUGCUGAUCCCUUCAAUUAUUCAUGUCUGAUGAUUCUGAAUUAUUUGAAAAUAGAAAAAUUAUCCCAAGUGGUUUGAAAAAUGUUAACCUUGUACAGGAACUUUUUUGCUAAAUGCUUUAAGCUGAAAGGUUGGAGAAAACGUCUGUUAAAUUUGUUAACCUGAAGUUCUAUGCUGACGGCACAGAGAAAGCUCAACUGAGUCAUUAUUGUUUUAAAUUCCAUUAAUACCCAUUAAUGUUAGAAAAUAUUAGCUAUAAUAUACCAGUAGUUACUGUAACGCAAUGUUAUGUUCUUAUUUAGAGUUUUCUUGGGGGCGGGAAUCCACACAUAUGUUUAACAAUCUGUAUUUGGGAAUUUUAGUUUCACAGCAAAGCCAGUGCUAAACCAUCAAAAAAUUGGACAACGCCAAUGUUUGAUAUAGCGCUAGGAUUUGGUUCAUUUUUAAACAGUUCUAUACUUAUUAUAAAUAUUUGAUAUUAUUUUUCCUUUCCACUGUUGCUACAAGCAUGCUUGAUCUAAGGGAUUGCUGUCCAGUCAAUGAGUCAAUGCAAUCAGCUGGUUCUCCUUAGAUAGAAAACUGAACUGACUGUAUGAUCUGGCUGAAUUGUAUCUGAAAAAGUGCCUUGAGAUUACAUGUUGAUGACAUCUCUUAACAUAUUAAACCAGAAACAGGUAAUAUAAUUCCAUAAUCUAAAGUACAAGUGAAAACACAAAAAUGUAUUAAUGUUAUAGCUUUUUUUUUUGUAAUAUGAUUUAUUAGUUGUUUCACUUUGUAAUGCAUUACAAGCUCUUAACUGUUCAAGGAAAUCAAUAAAACAAACUUCCACAUUAA